GACCAAUCAGCAUUCAGAAAUCGCAUUCGCUUAUGCUCAUUCACCUUUUUUAGGGAUUGAACAGCGCGACGUGUAGUGAAAAUGACGGCAUCUUUCAGUUUGUUUUACUUCAGUUCUGUUUUAUAAAGGAACUUUUAAAUGAUUCAUGUUAGCAGUUUUGAUGUCAGCGGUUUAGACUUCAAAUCAUGCCCUUGGUUACUAGAAAAAGUGAAAGACAAAAGCGAACAAAAACUGGAGUGGAAAACAGUCGUUCACCCACAUCGCUUACAACAGAACAAACUCAUACAUUCGAUCUGCAAUCCAAAGUAUCCAAUGGAAAGCUAACUGCCAAAACGUCAUGCCCUAAAACAAGAGAACAAAUUGAUGCUGUUGCAGUACCAGUCACAACCACAUCGCACGAUUACUCCGUGACUGAUUUGAGAGAUAAAGAAGACAAAGCUGUCGUACAUACCAAAGAUAUACCAAUAACAAAGCGACCAACACAAACUCCAGAAAUGACUCCUCCAUACAAAAAGAUCGCACUUGAUCUGAAAGAAUUUCGGAACCAACGGGUACUUGCAAAACGCGGCAUCACAUACACAUCAGCCGUUAUUAAAAAUUGCAGGCAGAACAGAGACAUAAGUGUCCAGUUUGAAAAGGACAAACAGUUGAUUGAUUUUGAAGAUGUUUUUUCUAGUGCAAAUGUUGGAAUUGUUCGUGAUAGUGAUCCCGAUAAAAAUGAAAUCACGAUCGGUUUACGUGUAAUCGCCCAGGUCAGCAAAGACCAACACAUGUUUUGUGAAGGUGUUGUAGAAGAAGUUAAAAAUGCAAAUCCGUGGUUUGCACGCAUUAGCUUUACGGGAGAAGUAAGUAAUUGUUUUCAAAUAACGGAACUGUUAGUGCCCUUAUCCAAAAUUCGUCUUCUCAAAACUCCAUGGCAGUUAGGAAGUCCAGCGAUGACUGGAACUGUUCGACAACUUGUUUACAGCCCACAACUGUCAACGCGCACAGAAGAGAAGGAUGAGGAAACUGAUAGUGCUUCUGAAGGUUCCGAUUGCGAGCUACAAAAAGAGGACAUUCGUUUUGAUAAGGAGCCUCACUUAAUUGGCAAAUCUCCUUCAAUAACACCAGAAGUUGCAAUGGCUACUUCCUCUCCAUCAGUAAUGGGACGGCCACAUCACGCUUUCAGUCGGCGGCGGCAUGCAAGCAACCUUAGCACAGCCUCAUCCUCACACUCUAUCUCUCCAAUAUCUCCACCCGCCAAAUACAAGAAGGGGGACGUUGUGACCACACCGAAUGGUGUCCGCAAAAAAUACAAUGGUAAACAGUGGCGGCGCUUGUGUUCGAGAGAGGGCUGCAGCAAGGAAUCGCAGCGUCGAGGAUAUUGUUCUCGUCAUCUAUCAAUGCAUGGAAAAACUCUUCGUGGAGAACUUUCCGGUGACUGUGAUGCCGAUUGGGAAAACAUGUCGCAUGGCAGUGGCUCUCGCAGCUCCAGCGUAGCAAGAACAGAUUCAAGACCACAAAUCGAUCAGUCCAAGUUUGAUAUGGAUGACGCUGAAGCUGCUUCCAUGCUUAUUUCUCUUGGAAAUUCUCGUUCAGGAACACCCUGCUUCAAACCAAUCCAAACACCUAUACCGCCCUCACCCAGGUCAUUAACCCAAUCACCUCAAUAUAGAAUCAGGCCGUUGACAUUCAGUCCGGUCAACCAUCAUUCUAACACGUCUCAUCAUAACCGGUACUGGAGCUCUAGUGCGCCAAUAUCUGGUAGGUCUUCGGUGGACAACAGCUCUCCCGGAAACAGUCACCGAUUGAGUGCUGGACAGACACCAACGUUCCAGAGCAGUUUGAAUUUUGCGACUCCAGUGAGUCCGAAUAAAUUAAAAUCACGUAUGGAACAGGCAAGAGCAAUGACAAAACAAUUGGGUGGAAAUAGCGACGAGGCAGGACCUGAACAUUUGCGAUCCCCCUCUUAUCAACAAAGCACGUCAUCUCCACAUCACUCACACAUCGUCUCCCCUCCACAGAUCAUAUCCCCACCAGCCCAGACCUCUACGAUAUCAAGCGAGAAAGCCAUUCGAUUUGAGUUUCCAUCACCUCAGAAUGAUAAGCUUCGAGCAGCACUCCUUGCUCCCAGAACUGAGAAACCGAUUGGCAUGCAGGAGGUACAGACCAGUACGCGCAAAGAGUACGAGAAGACCCCAUGCGGCGGCAAACCACGGGAUAAGGUACUACGCAAUACAAUGAAUCAGUACAUGGCAAAGACAGCCAGUAUCUCUUCCGUGGCAGGCUCCGUAACAGCUCCUACCCAAAGCCAGGCUCCCAUUACUUCAUCAACAUCCGAACAAGAGUCGGUCGUGCCAGCCCACCCUACACCAUCCUCUCUGUUACCAGUCAUGCCACCUGGUGUUCCAGGUUCAAACAAGGACUCAAAUGGACCAAAGGCUGCAGGCUGGAAUGGUUUUAACGUACCACCUGGACAUGUUCCAGUAUUCCACUGGCAUUCCUUAAUCCCCAUUUUCCCCUCGAAUGGCGUAGAGAAGAACAACAAUUUGGAGGUAGAGGAACAGCAGUUAAUACAAUCCACAGGCGAGAUGCAGGUGGCCAGUCCUGAUACCCAGGCAAGUGGCUCAUUAAACAACUCGCCAAUCAAAUCACUCAGCUCACCUCCAAGUAAACGAAGGUCACAGUCACUCAGUUCAUUACCAAAGGACUUGUCAGAUAAGGAGCCAAAGAGCCCAAAAAAGAAGGAUAAAUCACAUGUACGUAGGCCCAUGAAUGCAUUUAUGAUUUUCAGCAAACGUCAUCGUGCACUGGUUCAUCAACGUCAUCCGAAUCAGGAUAAUCGUGCCGUAAGCAAGAUUCUUGGAGAGUGGUGGUAUGCCUUAGGUCCAAAGGAAAAGCAGCAGUACCUGGAUCUUGCAUCACAGGUGAAAGAAGCCCACUUUAAAGCCCACCCUGACUGGAAGUGGUGCAAUCGAGAACGCAAGAAGUCUGGAGGCGAGGGGAGGAAGGAAGGGGACAGAAAACUGUUUAUAUCGGAUAUGGCCAGCACAAGUGAUUCUGUUAUGGAUGAUGAUACGCCAGUAGUAUUACAAACGGUUGACCUGGAGGAUUUGAAGCCAAGCACAUCAAAUAACCAAUCAGAUCAACAGGCAGCGGAACAAAGGAUCCAACUGAAGUUGCCAGCUAAGAAACGUUCCCGUAGUAUAUCUGGUUAUGCGGCCACAGACCCUUCAAAUAAGGAUACUGCUUCUGAGAUGGAGAUCAAGCACUUAAUGGAAGGAAAGACAAGAAGACGCACUGAGUCGGAGGAAACAUUAACAGAUGAUGAAGGAAUGGUGAUCUGUGUCGAUCAGGAGGACGAUGAUGUUGUCAUUGAUUCUGGAAGGGUAGAAAUGCGUAAAGCAGAUACCAUCGAUUUGCAGUGUGAAGAGAAAGUUGCUGAUAGCGAUCUUGAGACAGAGUCAGAUGAUGAGUCAGCCAUGCAUAACAAAGCUUUCCCCCAGCAGCGAUUUUCACCCAUGGUUAAACCCAUUUCCGACAUCACAUAUCGGCCCAAACCAAUCAAGGCCAAACCAGAAAACAAGACAACUAUCAGAGGAGAUAAUGAUCAACUGGACGGUUCUUCUAACAGUAUUGAAAUCAGGGCUAGGCCUGUUGGCGGUGUGAGUGAUUUUCAACCCACGGGGGCGGUCUUUAAAGCACACUCACCAAAAGGGCGUGAUCCAACCCCAACUGGUAUGGCAAAAGCCUUCCAUGAAUACCAACCGAUCAAGGAAACCAGUCAAAUGUCAUCAGGGAACACUAACUAUCUGCAGGGUAAAAGAAUAACAAAGGAGAUGUUCGAGGGAAAAAUUGUUACCACUGAACCUCUGAAAAGCCAUGAGGUCAAGUCAUUCCUAACAAACGAACAGAAGUUGAUCAUAAAUACAAGUAAUGCACCAACUUCAAUGCAAUUAGCGAUCGGUGCCCCUGCCUUGAUCUCCACCGCACCAGCCCAGAUCGCCAAAGUAAAUCAUUCCCAGCCCAUAUUCCUGACAAACUCUCCAGUAAUGGCAACACUGACCCUAAAUCCAGCUGUCACUAAUGGUCCAGGCACCAGUAAUAGUAAUAUUCAGGGUCAACCUUUGGCCAUCAUUGCUGAUCAAACCACAGUUAACUCAGCCCAUAACUUUCUGCAGCCUAUCACAAGCAUGCCAUCUCAGAUCUCAAACAUGGCUCCCAGACUGUUACAGAGUUCACAACCGACAAUUCUAAGUGGUGUCAUGGUGGAUGCUAAGAAUAAUGUUAUCCCAGUCCAAGGUGGAGCUGGCGUACAAUUACCAGGCAACCAGAUGCUGUCCUUUGCCAACCCACCUGCAUCUGCCCAGGUGCAGUAUAUUAUCCCAACGAAUGAAACUAAUGCAGCACCAAGACUGCAACUGGCAACUGCUCCAAAUCAGGUUGGCAGCCGGCUCCAGCUUGCCCCUGGUGUUCAACUUGGAACCACUCAAAUACAGCCUCAACCGGUUGCACAACAGGCCACUUCUUCUGGGAACAUCCUCACCACACAGCUCCUACCAGGCAACAAGGUGCAGGCUACGAUCCUGCCCUUGCCAUCAGCAACUUCGCAGGUUGUCAACUUAGCAGCUCCAGCUACCCAACACGUUGCAAUGGCUGCCAUUUCAAAGAAAAAGCUUGCUGUGAUUAAGCAGAGCAGAGUAGCCAGCUCACCACAACCUUUAACCUUGAUGUCCCAGCCAUGCAGCCCCAAGGUGACAGUUGCUGCUGGGUUUCCGAUGACAGGUGUCCCUAGCAACCAUCCAGCAAUACCUGCAGUCUCAAUGCAACCUAAACUGCUGCUGCCUUCACCACCAAGGUACAGCAUUAUUCAAUCGGUUGAUGGAACUCCAUCAUCUCCAAUUGUUAUUGCGGCACCUGAACACCUGAAGCCAGUAACACCAAAGGCGGUCAUCCCACCAACUGGAUUUGUUUCUCAAGGUGGACGUAGUCAGGGUAGUAACCAGCAAGCUAUAAGACCAAAGCCAUCAACAUCGUCACAUAUUAUGCUCCCCCCUAAGAAGGUACGAGCUGCUCUUGCAACAAUACCUGUGGUGACAACCUCACCUGGUGUCUCUUCAUCACCAGUCAUCCAAGUUGGUACAAUGCCAUUGUCCACAUCCCUGCUGCAGAGCAAACCUCUUAUUGCAACCACAAUAGCUAAUGUUCCAACAGUGAUGACAUCGCAGACACAACAAGUCCAGGGUUCACAUUUACCAAAGCUUCUCCCAAAAUUACCAGUUAGCAGUUCGGGACCGAAGCCACAAUUGAACACUUACGGAACAGCUCCAAGCCAUCAGUUGAAUGGUGGCCAUUCUGUGAAGGGCAGAAUUUCUGCUACUUCAACUACCACCAUGAACGUACGUUCAACUCAUGAGGGCAACACACUGAUUAUGAAGGGCAUUACAACGACAGGCAUCACAACAAAAUCGGGAACCAUACAACCCGGGGUAGAGCCGACAUCGGUUGUGUUGAGCCUUAACACGGUACAGACCAGCGUGGAGGAUGUAAAGAAACAGUUAUUUAGGGAAGCUAACGGCCAAGAUGGGAAAAGUGCAAUGCCUGAUGGGAAAGGUGCAAUGAAUGAAAAAAGUGAUGAAGAGGUGGUGCGAUGCAGACAAGGAGUGGUUGCAGAGUGGAAGGAUAGUAGGGAUGUGGGACUGUCGGCAUCAUAUGCCUCUAAAGACUUGGACCAGACUUCAGAAGAGAAGAUGGAGUCCACAGAGGCUACAAACAGCACAGGACCGAACGGUUCUGAGGAUAGGAAACAUCGUGCUUGCAAGGGCAAAAGGCAAAGUGAAAUAGUGGCCGAGCUUAGGCCACCAAAGAAGGAUAAACGGUUAUACAGGGUUCAAGCUACAGAAGACACUAAUGUAGACAACAAGGCAAAAAGUGAUACUAAUGGUAGAACAAACUUAAGUGGUACUAAGGAAGAGGAAAAAGAAAUGAAAGUAAAUAAACCAAAGAAUGGACUUCAGACUAAAGAUGAGGAAAUUAUGCAAGCAAGUGAUGGAAGAGCGACAAAUGCCAGUCAAGCAAAGAACGGAGUUAUUAGUUCGGUCCAGAGUUCUGAGGCUGGGAAUGUGGGAAUCAGAGAAUCGCCUAGUAAAUCUGUCAUCGGACAGACUGCUGCUGACGAUGGAAUGGAGAGAGUUCUAGAAGAAGUCAAUUUUGAAGCCAGAUUUGCACAGUUGCCAGAAUACCAUCCGGAUGAACAUAAACACAGCAUCAACUCAAUCCCGCUGACCCCAAAGGUCAUCGUCAGUAGCUACAGGCGUAAACGAAGGAAUUCUCAGAGUAGCAUGGAUGACCCAACAUCACCAAAGUUGCGGUCACCUCUGAAACACCAGCCCGCAUCAGAUCCAGGAUUUUUGGGAAAGGAUGAAAAUAUCUUUAAGUUUGGAGAGAAAUCUGGUACAGGCUUGGAAACUCUGGCGGAAGCAGCUUCUAUGCAACGUUCUGGUGAAGAUGCUGAUGAAGAUGUUGAUGACAAGUCAUUGUCAAAUUCACGAAAGAUACUUGAUCAUCGCAGAAUUCUGGUUAUGCAACUGUUUCAAAAUCAUGGCUACUUCCCGAGCGCCUCAGAUACAGCAGAGUUUCAAGCUCAACAUUCGUCGUAUUUCCCAAAUAAAACGUGUUUACAGUUGAAGAUACGAGAAGUAAGGCAGAAGAUCAUGCAACAGAACCAACAGGGCAGUAUAGAGACUGAUGAUGAUACGUCCGUAAUGCCAAUGUCACCUGUAUUGAAACCGCAAGCAAUGACGAAAAAUACAAAAUUACCUCAGUCCCCAGGGUACUCGAAAUUUACAUUUACUACAACUUAUCAGCCGUAUGCAGACCAAAAGUCUGCAUCUGGUUCGGGAAUAAUCACCGGUAAAUUCACGUUCUCCCCCUUGCCCGCCUCUCCACGUUGCAAAUCACCUAAUCUGUCGCCCGCUGCAACAAUGUCCAAGUUCCAAUUCUUUCCACAUUCGCCAUCUGGAAAGUUUUCAUCUCUUGCUAAAUCUUCUCUAGGUGGAUCACAAGAAAAACCGAUGUCGCCAUUAGCUAGGUCACCAGCUGUCAAGAGUGUUUCCCCCGGACCUUCACGGCCAAUCAUGAUUCAACACCGUCAAACUCCAAGUCCCGGUGUCUCGCCAUUAGUGAGAGGCAGUAACCCGGUAGUUGUGUCUGAUAACCGCACCGUUGUUAAGCCAAUUCUGAUACCAAUGUCUUUCUCUCAAGCUAAUGUAUCGUCGGUUACAUCGGGCGUGCCAGUUGGUGGGUUGACACAAACCGUCAUUCAACAAGCCUUACCGCUUACCCCAAUGCAACAACUCGCUCCAGGCCAUCAAAAUCUAUUACAGAUGCAAAGAAACCCCACACAAGCCCCUCUAUUCUCUGUUGUGUUUUCACCAAACCCGGUCCUUGCUCAAAGCCCACAACCCGUCAUCAACAAUCAGUUACCUAGAACAGUAACUGUUAUCAAUCCCACAAUCUCAUUGACCUCGGGUCACAGUUAUGCAGCUACCACCUCAGACCUGACUAAAAUUAAUGGAAAUGCCCCUAAGUAGUAGCAGAUAUCUGAAAACAUCUUGCCUCAUAAUUUGGAUUCCCAUCCCAGUUCACAUAUAUUUUGAAAUUGCCAUUAAACAAAAGAUACUGAAAUAAGUAAGAUGAUAAAUGUUAUAUUUGUAAAAUUGUAAUAUGGGGAAAAGUGUGUUAAAAUGAUAGAAAUAUAUAUUGAUAUUCUGUCAGUUUUAUAGAGUAUUCAAUAUGAGAUAAACGAUGUCUCAUAAAUGGCUUUUGCAAUUAAAUUACUAAUUAAGUUACACCUUACAAAAUAAGUAAAAAUAUGACCUGUGCGUUAAGCUGUCUCUAUCCACACUAUCAAAUUAUCUUUGACAAAAGACAGUUGUAUGCCCAUAUAUGGUCAUUAUUUGCCCAUAUAUGGUCAUUAUUUGCCUAUACAGUACAUGUGAUGUCAUCAUGACCAUCAGCAUGUCACAUGUAUUUUGUCAAAUUAAAUUUGAUAGUCUGGUCAAGGCUUUAGAAAAAUGAUAUUUUAACUACCUAUGAAUAAAUAUGAUUUUACAUGAUACUGUGUAACGGUAGUGUGUUGGAAGGCCAGUAGAGAGGUAUUGAGGAUUGUGUCUAGGAUCGAAUCACCUUGAAUGUGAAGAUGUGCUGGUAUGCAUUGAGCUAGCCUGGAAAACUUAGUUUUAAGUUUAAAGUGAGAUAAGAGUGAGAGAAUGGUAUAGGGUAGAACAUUAUCCGAUGGGAUGACAAAACCUGGAUGAAGAAUGUAUGAUAACACAGAGUUUUUUUUUUUGUAUGGAUGAAUGAAUUUGUACUGAUAUAUAUUAUACAUAUUACAAUGAAUUAAUAAUGUUUAUCUUAAUUGAAGCAGGUAGCUUUUAAAAACCCUUGAAACUUUUUAUUGACGUAAGUUUUGGGGUUAUUCCAAACAUAUCUUUCAUUGUGUAUGGCAUGCGGCCCCGUUGAUAGAAUGUUUAAUAUAAUGUUAGGCAUUUUAUA